CACUCAAACUGGAGCAGAAUCAGGCAAGCAGACGCAGGUGCCUGUCAUUCCCCAACCGUAGCUGCCACCUCCGCUAGCAUCAAGUGCCGUAAGAGACGAGCAAAAUGGCCAACCGUAACGCGCAGGAGCUGGCCGAGAACGUCUUGUCGCUCUACGACGUGAGCUCCAACCGUGACGCCACUAUCGCCAAGUAUUAUCUGCCCGACGCCGUGUUCACGGACCCGAUCGUGUCUGUGCGGGGCGUGGACAACAUCCAGGCGCAGUUCCGCGUCCUGUCCAAGUUCAUCAAGUCCAGUAAGGCCACGCUCGUGCGCGGCUCCAUGGCCGGCGCUACGGUGCUGACGAUCGACAGUUCCCAGGUCUUCCGUCUCAAGCCCUUCCCGAGCUUCAUGAAGAUCGUACUUCGAGUCUUCUCCGUGCUGGAGCUCAAGAAUGGCCGCAUCGCAUCGCACACGGACCACUACGACUUCUAUUCGGUGCUGGCCAACGUCCCGUUCGUCUCGUUCUUCUACACGCAGUUCCGCCCCAUGUUCGGCGCCGCCAGCUCCGCCGUGAUCAAGCGUCUCGUGCCGCCACAGACCAAGCCAGCCAUCUCGGCCAGCAAGGCUGCUGCGCCCGCCGCCAACGGAAACGGCGUGGCGACGGCAGUGGCCACGUAAAGGAGGACGGCCAUAAGAGGACAGUCCGGCAAUGGACUCUCCGGCCUUUUUGACUAAAAGUUCGGCUGAAAUGGAGCGACGGACUUCGUAGUCGACUGAUAUAUUGUUAACAGCGUAGCAGAGGAAGAAGAAGAGAGAGAAAAGCAGACAGAGCUGCGCUAUAAUCUCAAGUGACCUUUGUUUUAAUGCCCGUAUUACUAGCGUUGAUACGUG